AUGGCCGACACCUGUAUUGUCUGUCUAAACGACCUUGGCGGAGACGCCGUGUCUUCUCCCGUCGCCGCCGAAUCUCCGCCAAGACCUGAUAAUGAUGAUAAUGAUGAUGACGCCGGCGCCAACACCACUCUGCCAGAACAGAGUAUCGAAAAGGCAGACGCAGAGGCAGAUGGCUUGACGCAACAGUUAGCCCGUCUGGUGCCGUGUCUGCACAUGUUUCACAACGACUGUCUCAAGCCAUGGGUAGAAAGGGCCAACAGCUGCCCCGUCUGCAGAGCCAGUUUUAAUGUCGUCGAGCUGCUCGAUAGUGUUGAUGGAACACCCGUCUCUACCUACACCGUCCAAGAUAAAGUACAGGUUGCCGAGAUAGACCCCUUCAUGAUCUUCGAGGAAGAGGUCACGGAUGACUCCGAUACCCAGCCCUGUCCCUACUGUGGCGAUAAUGACAACGAAGAAGUCUUGUUGCUAUGUGACGGAUGUGAUGUCCCGUCACAUACCUACUGUCUGGGGUUGGACGCGGUGCCUUCUGGCUCAUGGUACUGUGAUGCGUGUGAAACUCAGCGAGCCAUUAGCGCUGUGUCUGACGCUCCAAGCAGACCUCCUCGCAGUCGCCGCCCAGAACGCCGGACUCGCGCACAACAACGUAUGCUUCGGAGUCACAACCAAGCCAACUCUUUGCAGUGGGCAGCCGUGUGGCAGUCUGUUUACGAUCGGCUAAACUUUGAUCUUGACUUUCCGUUCGAUGACGAACAGCAACUCAGCCGCCUUCAGGGACGGACCACCCCUCGAAGAGCUCGCAGAGGCUCUCAUCUUGCAUGGCAACGCCGGCUGGAGAUAGCGGAACGGCAAGGUGGCGGUCGUGUCUUUAGGGAACCGAGUGCUAUAAUAGACGAAUACGUGCCUCGCCCGUCCCGUCCUCGUGUGCCGCGCGCCCCGACUCCACAGCCUGAGUCACUAGAGGAGAUGAGAGCGUGGAAUGCUUUCGAACGAGCUAGGGAACUUGAAAAUGAUCCAAGUGCAGCGCGAAAGAGGAAGGAACCGACCCUCUCGCCGUCUCCCGAACCGACUGAACCCGAAAGGAAACUGAAGCGACCACGUACUAGACGGACAGAAGAGCUGGCCGCCUUGGCAACACAAAACAACAAUGGUGAAGCAUCGCGAUCAGCUGCUCGACUAAACACCGAAUCCGCUGGAGGGCCUAGUUUUCUUCAGUCGUUACUUAAAGAAGUCGAAGAUGCUUCCAACUCACCCCGAACCGACACGAAUGGACCUCCGACAUACGUGAAUACACCUAACGAGUUCCAUAGCACCUCUGGACCGUCAUCACCGUCAUUAUCUCCUGCGUCAUCAAACCGAUCGUCCCCUCGGCUAUCCUCAAGAAGCCCCCCUCCUCAUUCGCGGAGACGUGCUGUAUCACCAAUACAGUUGUCGCAUAGCAUUGACUCGCCGUCUUCUCCUUCUCCUGACUUCUCUCCUACGGUGUCUCCCGCUCAAAGUCAGACAGAUACCUCUGAAUUACGACGCCGACCUGACCAUCGCCAUCACGACUAUCACCGACAUCGUCGAGCUGAAGGCAUGAGAUCUACCGAAGUCUCUCCUUCUCGUUUUAGUCUUUCACUCUCCGCCAAAACAAGUAUACAGAAACUGGUUGGCUCAGAGCUCAAACCAUACUAUCGCCGCAAACUCAUCACGAAAGAUGAUUAUACAAAUAUCAACCGUACAAUCUCUCGCAAAUUAUACGACCAUGUCGGUGAAGGGGUAGAGCUGUCAGAGGACCAGCUGCGAGAGCUCAGGGAUAGCGCCCGCAAGGCUGUCAAAGAGGCAGUUGACUUGGUCCGAAACCAGCCAUCAACUACCGAUGAAAAGGUGGAGUCCGGGAAUGUACUAGUAGAGGUGUGA